AUGAAUCCACAAAUGGGCUACCCACGCCCUAUUAACAGGGUGGCUCCUCCACAGUUCUUAACACACUUCCAUGCAAUGGAGGAGAAUUGGCAAAUGACAGAAGAGCUCAUGGCAGAGAUUGAGCGAGCUGACUAUGCGCAGGCUCUGAGUCAGCAGCCGCCCGUGCCUGGAAUGUCUGGCGUCGCCUACGCCGGUGGCGCAGCGAGUGGCGCCGUGUAUGUACGCGAGGUGCCGUCACCUCUCAAAGACCCCGUCGGUGAUCGUGUCCGCGCGAACGAACGGUCUAGUCCAAAGGAUGCAGACGGUCAGGGGAGCGGCGGCAUGCAGCGCUCCCGCUCCAUCCGCGUUGUCGAACGCGAGAAGGAAAUCCAGCCGAGCGAUAGUGCUCGUGCACGCGAGCGUUCCCUUCCACAGCGUGCGCCCUCUCCUGAGCGCACUUCUCCACCUUACCACACGCCUACUGGCUCGUCAGGUGGUGAGAACUACGUCUCGUAUAAGCGGGACUCGUAUCAAUCUAAUGGGAGCUCUUCCCUUAGGCUUCCCAGUCCUCCGCCCACUGUGCGGAAAGCCAUUGUCGCCGACAAUGCUCGUGUGACGCCACCUGCGGUCAGCAAGUUUGCCAGCAACACUCCUCCCCUGCAGGCCAUGAAGACCCGAACUCCCGACAAGUCACUGCCUGUCCAAGAAGAGCCAGAAGACGAAAUCACAACCCCUAAGAACGGCGACAACUAUACUCACGGGAACGACUAUCAUGAGGAGGAGGAUGAUAAUGAUACUCUCAUUGAAAACGACCAUGAUUUCCCCAUCGACGAGUCGUACACCCCACGCUCACCCACUGCCAGCUUACCCGAACCAUAUACCGCCAGGCAAUACCCCGCGCAGUCCGCAAAUCAGCGCCUCUCGAGCCUCACAAAGCACCACCGCAAUGGCAGCACAGACAGACUUGGCCUCCGAAGCUUCGACGCAGCCGUCUUUGAAAAGCCUCCCAUCAGAUCCACUGAGGAGCGCCGUGAGUCGCCCGCACUUCCUGUGAGGCUGACGACUGAGCAGGUUGACUCUGUACCAGAGCAUAAUCUACAGCAACAACACAGCCACACGUUUUCUGAUACUCGUGGUGCGGAACAGCAGCAGCAGCAGAGCAACGGACGACCGCACCCGCUGCAACAUCAAGUCUACUCGGAUGAUCAGAAUCAUGAUGAUCCCGCAGCUGCCUAUAUAUCGCAUUACUUCCAGUCUCCUCGUCCAGUUGCGCCCAUACCGCCCACGCCUCAUAGCCAAACUGCUGCUCCAUCACCGUUGAUAUCUAGCAUGCAAAGUAUGCAAGCCAGCCCGGCACCUCCAGUGGGCUCGCCAUAUCCCUACCCAUUCUCUCACGUUCGGCGGAACAACGUCUAUUCUAGCUAUCCCAUCCACACUGCGCCUUCCUCCAACUACGACCCCAACCAUCCCUCGGUGAUCGAAGAGCAACUCGCUCUCCAGAUGCAGAUGUACGCCUUGAACAACCACGCAGCAUUAUCCGACUCCACGUUCUCGCCAUCGUCAACACCCUUCCCUGGACCUGGAUACAACCCAUGGGCAUUCCUGCAGGCAUCUCGUGCGUUCGGAGGAGGCGUGCGGCCACGUUUCGACUCCACUGCAACGAUGAGUAUCCAGUCGAGCCCGAGUCACCAACCAGUCAGCCUUCCGUUCCCGACUGGCAAAAUCAAGCGCCGUCAGGCAUCCGCGGAUCUACGAGUCCAGAGCACAAAGCGGAAGAUUAAGCCGCCGCCCCGUGUGGAAAGCACGCAGCCACGGGAUACGAGCCCAGAGCCGUACUCGUCUGGUGAGGAAACCGCUGGCGAGGAACACUUUGAGGUUACUGAGGAGGGGAACUGGGUGAAUGGGAUGAUGCCUGAUGAUGGUACUGAGUGGGUGGAUGAAGACGAGGAAGAAAAGGAUGACUUGUUAGACUUGGAGUAUCACCCGAACUAUGUCAACAACAUCGAAAAGAGACGCAGGAGGUGGGAUACGCGUUGGGAGGCUCUGCAUCAGGCGUUCCAAGCGCUUGAUUGUGAGACGGAUACGACGAUGGUCCUCCUUGCUGCACCCUCACAUUCUACAAAACUGCAUGCUUUGACAUCACGCUCGAUUCGUCGUGAAAUAGGGACACAGUCUCCGAGCAUGCACAACAUACGAAACUCUUUCCGAGGCAUUGCUGCUCGUCGACGAGCAUCCCGCGCCAAGGGUACAACGCUCGUUGAGAGGUUUCUCAACUCGACUUCUUCUUCUGGCGAUGGUUCAGACGGCAGUUCGGAAUCGCGGGAAGGCGACCUCAAGCGCGCGCUCGAGACUGCUCUUGGUAGUCUCGGUGCUCUUCGCUCAAUAUAUGACCACCGUGUUGCACGCUGGGAAGACGAGAUGGGGCGCAUCAGCGACGAGCGGGACCGCGUUGAAAUGCUGCUCCGCCAGACCCUAGGUGUUGGUUUGCAAAACGGUAAUGGCCUUCCUGAGGCGUAA